UCGAUCGAAAGUUUUGUUAAGCGUUAUUGUAUAAAUGAUUUCGUGAAGAGUAACAUGUCUCUGUCACGUCUUUAUUUUUGUUAAUAAUUCUUGAGAAAUGGGAGGACUGUACUAAGUGGGCUUUAAAAUCAUUAAAAGUUCCGAACCCAGAUAACCUAAAUACUGUUAAAUAGCGUUUCUCAUUCGUGUGACGAGAUGUCGGAUUCGAAUUCACCAAAAACAGAUGCAAGCAGUCCAACACUUUCUCUAAACUUACGACAAUUUCGUUUUCAAAAGAAACAACUGAAACCAUUAAACAUGUCGGAUGAUGACAGCAAUCUAACAAGUUCUGAGAUACAGUUUCGACGUAAGCCAGUGAAUGUAAUCGAAGACAGCGACAGUGAUGCAGGCAGCUCUGCUAAAAACACAGUCUCUUCGGCUGACAAGGACAAAGAAGUACAAAGUAAUGCAAAUUGGAAUAGCGAUGAUGGCAAUGAAGAUUCAAGGAAUAUUAGAAAGAGGAGUUAUAAAGGUUCUUCUAAACAAAAUAAGAAGAAAAGAAGAAAAUUGAACACGGAAGAGGAUAUAGAUAUUGAUUCUGAUGAAGCAAAUUUUAAGGAUAAAGUGUUUGAUAGCGACGAAGAUUCAGACAUGGAAAUAUCUAACGAACUUACUGCUGAUAAGAAGGCAGUUUUGGAGUUCAUGCAAAAUUCUCCUGUGUCCGAAUUACUUUUAAUGUCUCAAUGUUCUCAAAAGAAGGCAAACGCUAUUAUAGAAGCGAGGCCGUUUAAAGACUGGAGAGACUUGGUUGAAAAGUUCCAAAAUUACAAACAUUUGGAUACAGAGCUGUUGAAUUCAGCUCAAGAAUUACUAGCCACAAGACACGGGGUAGGAAUUCUUAUGAAGAAGUGUCUCCGUUUAUCCACGAACAUCGAAAAGGCUGUAGCUGCAGGAGCGUUAACCAUCACGAAGCAACCGAGCGGAUUAUCGCCAAAUCUAACGUUAGCUCCGUAUCAAAUGGUUGGCUUAAAUUGGCUGGCCGUGAUGCACGCGCAAAACGUGAAUGGCAUACUCGCGGAUGAAAUGGGUUUAGGAAAAACGAUACAAGUAAUAGCGUUUCUUACGUAUUUGAAAGAGGCUGGUCUCAAGGAUGAAAAGGAUGGGCCGCAUUUGAUAGUUGUUCCUAGUUCGACCAUGGAAAAUUGGAAUAACGAGUUGCAGAGGUGGUCGCCUGACUUGAAGGUUGUACGAUACUUUGGUUCCCAGGAAGAGCGAAAAGAGAUGAGAAUGGGUUGGCGAAACGGUGAUCUAGACGACGUUGAUGUACUCUUAACCACGUAUAAUUUAAUUAGCAGUACACCGGAAGAACGACGGUUGUUCCGCGUUAUGCCGAUACACUAUGUGGUUUUCGAUGAAGCUCACAUGUUAAAGAAUAUGAGCACCAUUAGAUACGAAAAUCUUGUUAGAAUCAAUGCUAAAUAUCGAAUUCUUCUAACGGGGACACCUCUACAAAACAAUUUAUUGGAAUUGAUGUCGCUGUUAACAUUUGUGAUGCCUUCGUUAUUCGCCGCUAAACAAGCCGAUUUAAAGAGUUUAUUUGCAAAGAAUUCCAAGAUACCAGCAGUUAAAAAAAACGGCGAACAGCCACUGUUUGAGCAGGAACAAGUUAAAAACGCGAAGCAAAUUAUGAGACCGUUCGUGCUUCGUCGAUUGAAGGCCGAGGUUCUUCGAGAUUUGCCUGAAAAAACUGAUCGCGUAAUAAGGUGUUCGAUGACGAAGAAACAACAAAAAUUGUACAAAAAUUUAAUCGCCAAGUUCUCGGAGGAAGCCGAUCAGAGCACCGAGGUUAAUGGCGUCGGGAUGAUGAUGCAGUUGAGGAAGCUGGCCAACCAUCCACUUUUAACGCGAGAUCAUUACGACGAAUCGAAGUUAAAAAUAAUAUCGGAGAGAUUGGCGAAAGAGCAAGGAUAUAAACAAAAGAACGCGGAUUAUAUACUCGAGGAUUUGCACUGGAUGUCCGAUUAUCAGAUAAAUCAAUUAACGAGGACGUAUAAAAGCUUAGCUGGACUAGGCUUACAACAAGAACUCAUUCCCGAGGCUGGUAAAUUGAAAAUAUUGGACGAUUUAUUGCCGAAAUUAAAAGAGGAUGGUCAUAGAGUGUUAAUCUUCAGUCAAUUUACAAUGGUAUUGGAUAUCUUGGAGGAAUAUCUAACGAUCAGAGGAAAGACGUAUUUAAGAUUGGAUGGAAGUACACCGGUAACGGAUAGACAAUUCUUAAUAAAUCAGUAUACGGAAGACGAAAGUAUAUUUAUAUUUUUAUUAUCUACAAAAGCUGGCGGUUUGGGGAUCAAUUUAACAACCGCGGAUACCGUUAUAAUCCAUGAUAUUGAUUUUAACCCGUACAACGAUAAACAGGCAGAGGAUCGAUGUCACCGAGUGGGUCAGAAAAGACCAGUUACUAUAAUUAGAUUAUUAAGUGAAGGUACUAUAGAAGAAAAUAUGUAUGAAAUAGCGAAAGAUAAACUGCAUCUCGAACAACAAAUUACUCGAAACGAAGAAAACGAAAGCACGGACCGAAAGAGCGUAUUGAAGUUACUUAAGAUGACGUUAGGUUUGGAUCACAAUAAAUCCUUGUCGUUGUCUUCGUCAAAGAACGCAAGAACGAGUAACGGAGUAGCGGACAACGAAGCGGAUAGCGACAUAGAAUUUAAAAAUUAAUCUUCUACAACACAUAUUUUUUACUAGCAGAAAAUUUGACAUUUUUAUAUGUAUCAGUAAACUUUGUGAUAAAGUACAGCUACAAUUGCACAAAUGAAAGAGAUCAGAUUUGAAGAAAUUUUAAUCGCACGUCUUUUAUUUAAUGGUUAUAUGCGCGUACACAAUUGUAAUUUACGAUAUUUAUGAAUUAUUAACUCAAUUUAUGUUUUAUACAUCACUUAUUAAACCAUUCAUGUAUUUGUACAAGUAUAUAUUUAGAAUCGUAUAUAAUUUUUAAUUCUUUGUGCUUGUGUCUACGUCCGAAUAUUUAAUUAUAUAUAUUUUUAAUGUAAAUCUUAGGAAAAUGGUUAAGACUGCGCAAUACUUACUAGUAAUAUGGGAAAGAAUAAAGACCUGAAAAUGAACAACAAAAAACAUGAUGAUAAAAUAGAGCAUAAUACAAAUGAUACGUCGAAAUACAUAUUUAUUUGAUAUUACUGUACUGACAUUCCUCAAGAGAUUAGUUGAUCAAUGUACAAAACCAUUAAAGGUAUUACACUGCU